UCAAGCGGACCGAUGGUGGUCGGAGCGCAACGCUCCUGCUUUUCCACUUCCAUCGCGCAGUCUUCUGGCCGGACCGGAGCCGCGAUCUCGCCCCGCACCCACGAAAAUACCGUCGCUCGCUUCGGUGCCCAUCAGAAUCGCGCAAACACUUCCGGCCCGCGUUUUCCCGCCGCAGCACGAGGUGUAAAUUUUCCCAAAUUCCCGCCCGCCCUCGUAUCGCGUAUCAGUACUGGUGGAUUCGCUGUUUUCUCAAGUGCCAGUUGAUGUGAGGACGGUGGUUACAUGAGGGAUUAGCGAAGAACUAGCGGAGCCGAGAGAGACAGUGCCAACAUGCGGGAGAAACGAUGGCUGCUGCUCGCUCUGUACGGAAUACUAUUGGUCCACGCGGUCUCCGCUGCGCUCAAGACCAGGCCGAAAUUCAAGAUCGCGACUACCUCCACGACGACGACGAGCAGGACGACCGAGGAAGAAAAUGAGAACUCAGAAACGACAACGGUGGCGACGAGCGAGACCAACGCGACGACCGGCCACACUUUGACGGGGAUUCCGCAGAUCGAUUACAUAUGGGACCCGAAUCUGCCGCGCGAGCUGAACGGCUACAAUCUAAGCGACUAUCCGUUCUACAAUAGUAUACCGGAGGAUAUCGACUUCAAGUGCGACGGCUUGCACGACGGAUUCUACGCCAGCGUGCCGCACAAGUGCCAGGUCUACCAUCACUGCCUCUUCGGCACUCGCUACGACUUCCUGUGCGCCAACUUCACGGCGUUCGACCAGAAGACCUUCAUCUGCCAUUUCGUCUCCGAGGUCGACUGCGCCAACUCCAAGAAGUACUGGCACAGGAACGACGCCCUGUACCAAGUGACCACUACCACCACCACCACUACGACCACCGUCGCGCCGGUCACUGUGCUGACCAGCCGGUCACGCGACAGAAUACCACCCAGGAGGCGACCACCGGCGCGAAGGAGACCUUACGACUAUUACGAGGAGGACUACUACGACGACGAGUACAGCAGACCGUCGAGAGACUUCGCCGGCAGGGACGAUUACGAGUACGACGAACGGAAGUACAGGAGGGACAGGGACCGAGAGUUCCGGGAUCGAGACCGUGAUCGUGACUUCCGGGACAGGGAGCGCGGCAGAGAAGGGUCCGGUAGAGACGAUAGGGAUCGAGACAGGUACUCGGGCAGGGGCAACAGAAGAGAGCCGUCCAGGUCGAGGGACCCGCUGGAGGACGACGUGAGACCCCGCGGCAGGAACCCCGAUCAGGGUAUCAGAUCUACGUCGAGGGAGGUGGACGACGCGGACGUGUACGACAGACGUACGGAAGCGAGGAACAGGGACACCGACGAGCGAAGAUACUCCGAUAAGAGAUUUCGCGACGAUUACGACGAUAAGGAGUUCGCGGCGCCGUCGGCGAGCGCAACUGCGGAUGGCCUGGUGAAACCGGCAGCACCCAUCAGCUCGGUGUACGCGAGGCCGAGGGCGCCGCCGAAGAUUCGACGACCCGUGCCGCUGUCGGAGCAAGACAGAUAUGCGUAUAAAACUACUCCCGCACAACCGACAGAGGAGCCACGCCGGCGACCUGCGGAUCUGGUGGAGGAUGAUUACUACGACGACGAGUUGGAGGAUGUCAGGCCGAUCAGGAGACCGAUCCGUAGAAGACCCUCGUACAGGGAGAGAGACAGGGACUUUUACGAUACUCGGGACAGGGAUCGUCCCCUCAGAAACCGUUAUCACUCAUCGCCGGAAGAGGUACGACUCAGGACGCAUCAGGAUCGCUCGAGGGAUCGUUACUACGAUCGAGAGAGGGACCGAGGUAGCAGAGACCGCGCUCUCGAUCGCGGCAAAGAUCGCGAGCGAGGACGAUCGCAGGACGCCGAGAGGCCGUCUGAUCGCGAUCGAGGACGGUCGCAGGAUCCGGAGAGAUCCUUGGAUCGGGGCAGGUCGCAAGAUUCCGACAGGCAGGAGCGACCGUACUCAUCGAGAGUUCUCGAUCGCGACAGAGACGCCGAGCGAUCGCGAACGUCCUCGAGAGCGAAGGAUUCAUCGGACAGCACCGAAGCAUCUCGCAGACCGAGCUCGUACGACCGAACGACCGAGAAGACGAGCACCACCACCACCACCACGACCUGCCUGCCGGAACAACUCGUCCACAAGUCCGAAGCGGACUCGAGGGAGGCGGUGACCGAUCGUACGGAGAAGCCUUCUUACCCGGAACGACCAACUAGACCUACUCAGGCUCAAAGCGGUCGCGUCGUAGCGGCCGACGGCCAGGAUUAUCAGAGAAAUCUGUCCGAGAAGCCUCAGAGAACCUCCCAGCAGACGGAUUACCAAGACAGAGACUUGGACGGUCGAAACGAGCAGCCUCAGUAUCAGGUCCCGUCCGACGAGUACUCCUCGGAGUACUACGACGAGCCGUUGGAAGAACCGCCGCCGUCUCCUCCGCCACCUCGAACCACCGUACGGAUCGUGAAGAGACCGUUCUUACCGUCCCGGGGUGGAAAUCCUAAUCCGAGGGGAUUAUCGUCCGUUGGCUCGAAAGCGCCGCAGUCGCCCAGAAGGGACGAGGAGGUGACGACCGGUACUCUGGAAGAGGACAAGGUUUACUACGUGCAGGAGGAGAUCCAAGAGGACAUUAGAGACACCGAUCAGGAGGCACGUGUGAAGACGCAGGAGAGCAACAAGCAGACGUACGACGCCUACAAGGCCAUCCAGAGCGAUCUGCAGAAGAAGCAACGGCAGGAUGAGUACGACACCGCGAUAUCCCGACCGGCGCUGCGAAGACCGAUCGAGAAGAACAACGAGGAGGAGGAGCAGGUGGAGGAAGAGGAAGAGGAGGUCUCGAGGGGUCCGGAGAACCUCUCGAACUCGUCGCGGGGAUCCUCCACGCAGAACCAGUCGUACGACUCGCGGCAUCAGACCGAGAACCUCGAGCCGAAGUGGAUCGAGAACUACUCGAGCGAGAAGCACGCGAACGCCGCCAACGUGCAGACCCGCGGCAAGGCCCGAAUCCCCUCCACCGAGACGCCCAACAUCUACAGCUCGACGUACAAGAGCGAAGACAUCCAAGACCUGCCGUCCGGCCCAGGUAGCUACCGGGUGAAGCAGAGGAUCAACGAGGUGACGCAUCGGCUUCAGGACAUACCCGAGAGCGAGUACGACGUCACGUUGAACGACGCUCUGACGCCCACCCUGAUUCAGGAAGCCAAUCUGCCGAGCGGAUUCGUUCUGCCUCUGCACAGACAACCGUCGACUCGAGACGCCGUCCUGCAGCCUUCCGAGAACAACUACAAGCUCACCAGGCCGGUUAAUCAGCAGCAACAGAAACCGUUCCUGCCGAGUCCUCAGUUCCUGCCGACGAGCGUCAACAACAACGACCGAGGUCGCACGGUGUAUUACAGGACGCCGGAGAAUGUACAGAUCAGCGGGACGCAAUACAGACAGCAGAGAACAUGGCAGGAUUAUCCCGCGUAUUGAUGAGAGAGAGAGAGAUAUGCACUCGGAUGGUAUCACGACGUUACGAUGCGCUCUCCGAAUCCCUUGGAGCGAGAUCUCCCUCGAAACGAGUGAACACUCAUUCGAAGCGAUAGUGAAGACAUCGUCACUCGGGAUCGCAAAAGUGAAGGUCGAUCGGGGUGAAUUUAUAUUCCUACGAAGGCGGAGUACGUCGGAUUCGCAGUUGAAUUUCGGACGAAAAUGUUCACUCGACGAUUCCGUGGGGAGAAUUCAUUCCGUACGAGUGAGGAGUCACUCGCAUUUGAAUGACUCGACUGUCAUUCCACCUUUCGGAGGGGAGGAGGAGGUUCACUCCAAGAGAUUCAGAGGGUACGAGGGAGCGAUCGAAGAUCCUCGCGGAGCGAUCACGGGAGCGCGCGUGUGUAUCAUCGGUCUCAAUUUCGGAUAGGCUCUCGCUUGAUCACGAGCACGAAGCGACUAAUUUCUGUACACUGCCACCUGAUCGACACUCAGGAAAGACACUUUCAUGAAAGACACUCGGGCUUAUUUUACAUAUUCGUUCUCUUAUGAAACUGGCUUUCCGCGAACGGACGUCGCGCUCGACACUCGCAGCCCACCCCCUCCCCUUCAACCCUUGCAAUCAUCAGUGUCUUUCGUUCCAAAGAACGCGCGACGGGGAUGAUGUCGCGCCGCUCUGAGGGUAGGAAAUAAUCCGCGGACACGCAAUUCAACUAGGUAAUUCGUAAGUUUCGCGCGAACGCCCGCGGGCGAUCGCGAGCUUCCGAGGUGAUAAAUUAUCCGAUGAAAGUUAAAAACGAGAGAGGGGACGAGAUUGUUGUGAAUGGUAAAGUGGCGUCGCGCCAUCAGGGAAGCAAACGCGAUCCAGAAGUGCGACAUGUGUCACCAAUGAGAUGUUAGUCAUCCUGAUAUUCAUGGUUACUCACGAAUGCUGCAAUUGAAGGGCAAGGGAUCAAUGAAUGUCCAACGAUAACGACGAUCGCGAUCGAUCAUUCGCUCUGAUAACUUCGCUGGGCAAGAAUUCGGAAUAAUUAGCAAAUCUAGUUAUUGACGAAUGCGAAACGCUGUGGCACACAUCAGAUGCCGCGAGAGAGCUCGACGUUUCCUCCCGAUUGAUGCACGAAACGUGACACAAUGUAACGACGCUUCAAUUCUGCCGACCGCGAUACCCGAACACGCGUUCGUCGGAAUUAGAAUUUCCAUCGGCGUAUCCGAGGUGCUGAAGAUACAUCCUCCUCCUCCUCCUCCUCCUUCCCCUCCUUCCCCUUCAUUUCGAUCGAACUUGUAAAUAAACGUACGAUUCUAUUCUAUGCACAUUCGUUGAAUAGCAAUUCGAAAAAUACGACAUACGCGGUUCUCUAGAAAGGAAAAAAGGAAACUGUACACAUUAAGUCUCAUCGUCACGAAUCUUGAUAGACGUUACUAGCGAUUAAGUCUUCCUGAGCGUAUAUCUUGUCUUAAAGCUAUGUCGAUAUUUACGUGCGAAAUAAAAGAAUGAGAGAA